GGUGUCAGGGAAGAUAAUACGAUAGUAUGAGUACGAACUUUCAAUUGUUACGAUUGCGUUAUAAGAAAUGAUGAUUUUUUUCCACAUAAAAAUUGUAAAUCCGAUGGAUUUAUUUAAUAUUUUGUCGACUGUGAUCAUUAAUCUACAAUUUUAACUUGAAAACUAUUCUUAUAGGAACCCAGUUAACUUCGCAUUAUUUUUUAAUAUCGUAUGAGAACACUUAUAACUAUAUUUCAAUAUCAUAUUGAAUAACUGAUCGAAUUUAAUUGCAAUUGUUAUAACACGUUGAUCCUAAGAUUGUAAUCUAUGACAGUGCCAACUUCACUUUAUCAGUUCAGUCCAAUUAUCAGCACUUUUUCGUUAUGUGAAUUAUUUUCUUGUGACAUGGACAAGUAACAGUUGAUAGAGAAGUAGUGUGCCGAUACAUUUUGAACACCUAAUACAUCUAUUUAAUAAUUAAGUAGAUCUAUUAAAAAACUGUUCUGGAUGUUUAUUUAUGUUCAUUUACUUUAAAAUGUGUUUUUAAUUCAAAACCAUCAUGGCUAAUGUUGCUCAAAUGUCAAGUAGUUUAAGUAAAUUAAAAAAAAAACAUAUACGUGUGAAACAUCAAAAAGUGAAAGUGUUUAGAGCUAGUGAACCAUUAUUGAGUGUAUUUAUGUGGGGUGUGAAUCAUACGAUAAACGAACUGGGACAUGUCAGUAUACCGGUCAUGCUAUUACCAGAUGAUUUUAGAGCUUAUAGCAAGGUUAAAGUUGAUAAUCAUCUAUUCAAUAAAGAAAGCAUGCCAUCUCAUUUUAAAAUAAAGGAAUAUUGCCCACUUGUAUUUCGAAAUUUACGUGAACGUUUUGGAAUAGAUGAUUUGGAUUACAAGGAGUCUAUGACCAGAUCUCAACCUCUACUAGAUGAUUCAUCCGGAAAAAGUGGUGCAAACUUUUAUCAAUCAUACGAUAAGCUUUUUAUAAUUAAAACACUAACAAGUGAAGAAGUAGAAAGAAUGCAUUCAUUCUUGAAGCAUUAUCAUCCGUACAUCGUUGAACGUCAUGGAAAAACGUUAUUGCCGCAAUACUUAGGAAUGUACCGAUUAACAGUUGAUGGUAUGGAACAUUACGUAGUGUCUAUGAGAAAUGUUUUUUCAAACCAUCUGACAACGCAUAAAAAAUUUGAUUUGAAAGGAUCAACUGUAGAUCGAGAAGCUUCCGAUAAAGAAAAAGAAAAAGAAUUACCUACGUUUAAGGAUAAUGAUUUUGUGAAAGAAAAAAUGAAAAUAUACAUAGGAGACGAAGCAAAAACUAAACUCAUAAAUACAUUGUCUGCCGACGUUGAAUUUUUAACUCACCUGCAUCUUAUGGAUUAUUCUUUAUUACUUGGUGUUCAUAAUUGUGCUCGAGCUGAACAAGAAAAUAAAGAACAAGCAGAUAAAGGCGAUGAAGAUGAUCAAGACGAUGACGAAGACAGUGAAUCUGGCAGCGGAUUGGAAAAUAAAUAUACUCUCGGGGAUCGUACCUGGGGCUGGAGUGGUGCUAGUGGAAUGGCAACGCCGCCAGAAUCUCCUCAGGGAGUAGUAACACGCGAUGCGAGCUUACAAGAUGAGGACUCUAUCAUACCAGAAUUAGACAUUUAUGCUAUUCCUAGUUCAGAUAGUGCACCUGAAAAAGAAAUUUACUUUUUGGCAAUAAUUGAUGUUCUUACCCAUUAUGGCGUACGAAAACAAGCUGCUAAAGCUGCUAAAACCGUAAAAUAUGGAAGUAAUGUUGAAGGUAUAUCUACUUGUGAUCCAGAACAGUACGGAAAACGAUUUAUAGAGUUUCUGAGUAGAGCUAUUGAAUAAUGAAUUUAUAAUAAUAUUUGUGUUAACGGUACAUUAGUAAUAGACGUAUUUUUUUUCUAAAUUUAUAGAUUAAAAAUAAUCAAUAGAGUCCACGCUGAACUUAUUUAUUG